UGUCAACCCUGCCCUAGAGGAUACUAUGGAAUGACAUCUGCCAUCAGUAAUCAAUGUCAGAAAUGUCCUGCUGGUCAAUAUCAAGAUGAGCUUGGUUCAUCCACAUGCAUUUUGUGUCCGCCAGGAUUUUUCAGUGGCUUUCCUGGUUCUCCUCAAUGCUCGGCGUGUCCUGCCGGCACUUACAGCGAAGCGUCAGGACAGACAAAGUGCACCCCAUGCAUUGGCGGAACGUUCGCCUCGUCGUCAGGAUCUUCGAGCUGCAGCAAGUGCGGGUCAACACACUUCACCUACACCGGGGGAUCAACAUCAUGUACUCCAUGCCCCAACAAUACGAGGACGAUCAGUGACAGGGCAGAUGGAAUCAACAAGUGUGUCUGUGCUUUCGGAACCUACGACGUGCUUGGUCGGGCCGGGCAUCCUUGUUUCCCUUGUCCUCAUGGCGCGUAU